AUGGGAAGCUUACAACCUAACGAGGGAAAAGAUGCCAAGUUCGGCCAACUUUAUAUAGUGGACACUGAAAAUGAGGUUAAUAAUAGAGCAAACUGCUUGAGCUUAGGAAAAGGGAAAUUCAAAACUCAGAAGAAAGACAAGCUCAAACCAGAAAUUAUUAACCUUCUGAUCAAGAUGUUAGAUGAGGUCAAUCCUUAUUAUCCUCUAUUGUUUACCUAUGGAGAAGAUGAAUUCAGGUUGGGUAUAACGAAAGGUGUUACAGCAGCAUCGAAAAAGCUUAAGAAGCCUAAUAUCAGCAUGAGACAAUUCUUUGCUUUCCGACUGCAUGAACGUGAUAAUGAAUCACACAGUCUUUUGCAUUCUAGGAGACUUUUUCAGCAAUUCCUGGUCGAUGCAUACACUACUAUCGAGUCUAACCGUCUACGCUAUCUUAAGUUCAAUCAGUCUACUUUGAGAUCAGAUAGUUAUGAUUCAAUAGAAGAAUCAGAGAAUGCUGGAAAGAACGACUUGCAUGACCAAGGACAGGAAUUCACCUUGCCAGCAUCUUUCACUGGGAGUCCUAGAUAUAUGAAAAAUAAUUACUUGGAUGCUAUGACCAUAUGCAAGCAUUUUGGAUUUCCAGAUCUCUUCAUCACUUUUACUUGCAAUCCUAAAUGGCCAGAAAUCACAAGCUAUAAAUUCCCUAACAAGGAGGAAGAACCAGAACUCUACGAGGUGAUUAAAGAUACAAUGAUUCAUGGACCAUGUGGAGCUGCUAAUAUGAAUUUCCCAUGCAUGGAAAAUGGAGUGUGCUCAAAGUUAUACCCUAAAUCAUUUUCGGAUCAGACAACCAUUAAUGAAGAAGGUUUUCCGAUUUAUAGGAGAAGGGAGCAGUCUGUUUGUUUUGUCGAGAAGAAUGGGGUCAAAUGUGAUAAUCGAUUUGUCAUUCCUUACAACAAGAGACUGUCUCUUCGUUAUCGAGGUCACAUUAAUGUGGAAUGGUGCAACCAAGCUGGUUCUAUUAAGUACUUAUUUAAGUCACAACAUCAACAAAGGGCUGUUGAGCCUCCUGCUCAUAUUGUUGAAAGUAUGUUAGCAAAUGAUGAGCCUCCUGCUCCUAUUGUUCAACCAGACGUGGAGGGAAAUGCUGUGGAAGGGAAUGUGAAAGAUGGAAAAGUCGAGAAGAAGAAAAAUGAAAUAAAAGAUUUUUUCGACUGCAGAUAUGUAUCUGCAUGUGAAGGUGCUUGGAGAAUCUUUAAAUUUCCUAUUCACUACCGGUCUGUCUCAGUUGAGAAGCUUAGUUUCCAUCUUCCCGGAAAACAGAAAAUUAUCUUCAAGGGAAAAGAUAAAAUGAAAGUUGUUGUCAGUCGCAAGCUCAUUGAGAAUACUAUGUUCUUGGCAUGGUUUGAGCUUAAUAAAGUUGAUGAACUUGCUAGAACUCUUACAUAUGCCCAGAUACCAAACUUCUUUACCUAUGACAAGAAGAAGAAGAAGUGGAACAGGAAAAAAAGAGGUCCUACAAGUUAUGAUGACUUGAAAACUUAUGAAGGAGUUCUUUAUCCUGGAUACAAGGAAGCAUGUUCUGCUCGAGGGUUAUUGGACGAUGAUAAGGAUUUAUCCAGUCCAGAAGUUGUGUGGGAGAAAACAUGGGAGCAUCUUUCAGAAGAUAUAGAGUAUAACAGAAGGAAAUAUUUCAAUGGACCAGGACUAUUGUUAACUGAUGAGGACAAAAAGAAAUUUGCUCUCCAAGAGAUUGACAGUCUUUUGAGGCGUUGUGGGACUACUCUAGCCAGAUUUACUUCUAUGCCGAAGCUGCAAAAGACGAGUCGACAUGAUUCAAAUGUGUUGAUACUAGAUGAGCGCAACUAUUCACCUGUUAGAAGUCGAGGAGAUAUAGUUUUGAACGUUGCAUCAAGUGGAAUUGCGUCAUUGUUGCUGCAAGGAGGUAGGACUGCCCAUUCAAGAUUUGGAAUUCCACUAAAUCCUGAUGAGUUUUCGUCAUGUACAAUGUCUCAUGGAACGGACCAGGCAAAUUUAGUUAAAGAGUCUUCACUCAUCAUAUGGGAUGAAGCACCAAUGAUGAGCAAGUAUUGUUUUGAAGCUUUGGAUCGGAGUUUGUCUGAUAUUAUUGGAAAGGACAGGAAUAAUCCAUUUGGUGGGAAGGUCGUGGUAUUUGGAGGUGAUUUUAGGCAGGUUCUCCCUGUGAUAAAUGGAGCUGGUAGAGCUGAAAUUGUAUUGGCAGCACUGAAUUCAUCAUACCUUUGGGAACACUGCAGAGUUUUACAAUUAACAAAGAACAUGCGAUUGUUAUCGGAUUCUUUAGUACCAGAGGAGGCAGCAGAUCUUAAAGAUUUUUCAGAAUGGAUAUUGAAUAUUGGCGAUGAGAAGAUUAAUGAACCAAACGAUGGGGAAGCAGAGAUUGAAAUUCCUUCUGAAUUCUUAUUCUAG